CAGGAAAGCAAACUUCACAACUAGAACGCCCAAUCCCACUCACGACUUUCCUUUCUAUGCCCGGUCGAGCAGGUGUGGAGUUGUAAUAUCGAUGAAGAGGUUACGAUUAGAAAGAUGGAGCGGGCAAUUGCUCUCUCCGCGCACACGACCAUGCUGUCUACGAUUCCAGAUGCAAGCAAGUCUAGCUAGCACGCGAACGCGGUCACAAUCCUCUUCCUCAACUGCAGAUGUCAUAUUCGAAGAUGCAGAGCGAAUACCGAACAAAAAACACCCUCUCAGUCAAUAUGCAUCACCGACUCCCGAAGCAGCUCUCAAAUCCGCCAAACUAGCAGCAUUACAUGCUCGACUCUCCUUACCGCAAAAACUCCCUCUGCAGACCAUGGCGAGAACACUAGUCGAUCCUUCAGCAGACUCGAAUCCGAAUUUCAAUAAUGCUGCUCUAGCCCAGCUAGGUGGCUCCAUAAUCUCUUACCACGUUGCCGAAUAUCUUCUCUGUACAUAUCCCCGACUACCCAUGACCGUCCUCUUUUCAGCAGCGUACGCCUACAACGGACCUAAGACCCUCGAACUGAUAGCGCGGGAAUUGGGUGUCGAGACCGCCGCCGCGCCAGGCUCAGAAGUUGAUCCUGGAUUACUGCAAUUCUCAAAGAUGGCUUCAGGAACGAAAAUAGAUGAAUUUGGGGCGAGCACAAGACCAGACUCGAAAAGUUUCUACAGGAGAGGGAUGAGCAGUAGAAAUGUGUACGAUGAUGAAUUCGGAGACACCAUUCCGCGGGAAAGGGAACCGUAUGAACCGUUGUCUACGGAGCAGGCGUACGCAGGAUUCGUAAAGGCGGUUGUGGGAAGUUUGUUUUUGCAUGCAGGACGAGAGCAAGCGAAGAGAUUCGUGAAGCGGCAUAUUCUGAGCAGACAUCUGGACAUCUCGUCUCUGUUUCAGUUUAAGACGCCAGAGCGAGAGUUGACGAGGUUAUGCCAACGAGAGGAGUUCGAGCAUCCAGUGGCGCGAAUACUGAGCGAGACGGGACGACACAGCAGGUCACCUGUAUAUGUGGUGGGGAUUUAUAGCGGGAAUGACAAGCUUGGGGAGGGAGCGGGACCCAGCUUGCUAGAGGCGAAGAUUAGAGCCAGCGUUGCGGCGCUGAAGGCGUGGUAUUUGUACAGUCCUGGGAAUAAUGUCCGGGUGCCAAGUGAGAUGGAAAGCAAAGGGGCGCGGGAAUGGGAGCCGGUACACAUUGAUCUGGGAGAGGUGAUACAUUAGUUGGAUGGUGUGAUGCAUAGCGUGCGGACCUGUAUGAUGAUGGAUGAUGGCUGGUUGCUUGUUCAAAAGCUGGCUAUGUGUAUUAUUGAGAUCUUCCUUAUGUGUCUAUGCAUUUAGGGAGCUGAUGGAGCUCUGGUUGGAGUAUGUCCGGAUGGCUGUAGAAUAUAUCGGCGCAUGUAGAAUCAAUGGUACACUCCCCAACUCCAAGC